AUGAUGAAAACUGUGACAAAACCCCGUCAAAUCAAAAUGAAGUAUAUGGACAGAUUACCAACGGUUAUAAGCUGUUGUUUCUGUUGCUUUUUAAGAGCUGGCACUGUGAUGAUAGCCGUGUUUUCAUUUAUAAUAGGAGUCCUAUUCGCUCCAAACGUGAGCCACACGCACGGCUUCUGGGACCUGAACCCUGUACUGUCGAACUACGGCAUCAUGACCGAGAUGUCAGCACAGAUGACGAUAGGAAUCGCUUCCAUAAUGCUCUGUAUUGUCAGCGUCUUACUGCUCGUUGGGGCUUGCUGUAACAUUCCAGUGCUAAUAGAGAUCUACCAGUGGGGCGCGAUAAUGUACAGCUCGACGGUGGUGCUAAUGUUCUUCGUGCUGGCCGUGUUCUGUUUCUUCGUGCACACAAACUGCUACGUGGCGGGCGCCGUGCUAGUAUUUUUGAUUGUGUGCGAUGUUUUGUUGACGGCGUACUUCAUAAUCGUGACGAACAGUUUGAGGAUGUCGCUACAGUUUCUGUCAAGUAGUGAUAUUGUGAUCUGA